AUGUCUGACGGUCUCUCUGAGGCGGACAAGAUCCGUAACAAGCGCCUCGCAAAGUUGGGGAAUCCGUCUCCACCAUCACCGGUCGAAGGCGCUGCAGACUCGGCAUCCAGCCAACCACCCACGCCUUCACAGACUGUUCCAUCUCGGGAAGCUUCGAGAACGCGGUCUAAUGUCGGAAGUGCCGCCAGUUCCCCUGCGCCUUCGCCUCGCCCGGAUUCACAACAGUCAGAAGGGAAGCGGAUAAAAAUCACACCGGCGUCCACAACAGCCGCCGCCGAGCGAUCACGGCCUGCCACGCCGGUGACUCCCAGGGCCGAAGAGACCAUCGAGACCUUCGAGGACCGCACCCUGAGCGCGAUCUUCAAGCUGACCCUGAACGAGGAGCGACAGCGGGAUAUCCAUGGACAGAGAUUGAACUUUUUGCCGGGACUGCGGAGCGAACUGCAAGAUGAAGGGCGGGAGCUUCGCAUCGACGCGUCGGUUCUGGACCAGGCCCUGCUCGAGGCUGCGUCCAACGCUCCUCAGCAGAAACCGUUGCACUAUCUGCUUCCGUGCUGGAAGAGGAUAUCCAGGCUUCACAAAGGGUUCCGCCGUGCUCGGGAUGACGACCCGAAGUUCCUGGUUCUAUGCGAGGCUCGUCGACUCUGCUUGAGCUACUGCAUGUUUGCGAUCACGAUGCCGGAGAUGUUUGGGAUCGACCCGUCGGGCCGGUCGACGUUAAAACCUUAUCUUCUCUUGGACCCCGAGGACGAGAGGGGCGUGGACUUCGAAUUCAUUAGCGAGGCUGUGAAGAGAUUCGACGAGGAUGAGAAUAUCAAGCCGGCGUUUAUAGCCGCUGUCGAGGAAAUGAGCCGAGAGCUGGCCGCCCUGAACAUCAAUGAUGACUACAAGCCCUACAUGACAGCUCUGCGCAACCUGGUGCGUCACGCCGUCAUAGGAUCUGCCAUCACCGAAUCCUCCAUCUUCAACGCGUCCCGCGAUCCUGCCCUGUUUGAGAAGGAGACCUUGAUCGGGCCAUGGUUCCGUCUAUCGCCUCUGCAGGGCGAUGUGACCAUGCAGUAUUUCUCAAGCCCCAAGACAAGAGACCAGGCCUAUAUUCUCAAUGCGCAACGGUCUCUGCGGAUGAUGCAGCAGAUCCUUAGCUCGGACCUUCUGGACAUUAUCAACCACUUGGUCCGGGCGUCGAAGGAUGCCAGAGACAGAAUUCUGGACUGGUUCGCUGCGGCUUUGAACAUCAACCACAAGCGACGGGCUAUGCAGGUAGACCCUAAUGCAGUGUCGUCAGAUGGGUUUAUGUUCAACCUUACGACGUGCUUGGAUCAGCUCUGUGAGCCUUUCAUGGACGCGAGUUUCACCAAGAUUGACCGCAUUGAUGCAAACUACCUGCACCGAAACCCUCGGGUUGACCUGAGGGACGAAACCAAGAUCAAUGCUGACCAGCACGCUUCGGAUGCGUUCUAUUCCAAAACCGCCGAAGGCACCUCAAACUUUAUCACCGAGGUCUUCUUCUUGACCGUUGCUGCUCAUCACUAUGGCAGUGAAUCCUUGACGUCGAAGUUGGAUCAAUUGGAGAAAGACCUUCGUCACAUGGAAUCUACUAUCACCAAGUUCGAGGCGGAACGGCAUAAAUGGAUCAACAACCCGAUGCAGCUUCGGGUAUUUGAAAAUGCUUUGAAGAAAUACAAGGACAAGUUGGACCUCGGCCUUGCCUUGAAGUACAGUCUACAGGGUGUCUUGUUCGACAAUCAGUGGCAGGCCCGCUCUAUGUUGUUCAUGCGCUAUGUCAUUGUUUGGCUGCUUCGUCUUGUAUCGGGUCGAAACUUCCCCAAGGAGGACAUCAAGCUACCUCUUCCCGAGCAGCAACCAGAAGUCUUCAAGUGCUUGCCGGAAUACUUUGUCGAGGACGUUGUCAGCAACUUCAAGUUCAUCAUGUGGUGCAUGCCUCAGAUCAUCACCGCUACCCAGGGAGAUGAGCUGGUUAUGCUUUGCAUUACCUUCUUGGAAAGUUCUGGUUACAUUAAAAACCCCUACCUCAAAGCAGGUCUCGUUUCGAUUCUUUUCCGAGGCACGUGGCCGCGCCCUGGUGGCGCCCGUGGUGUCUUGGUGGACCUCCUCAACUCCAUGCCAUUUGCCAAUGAUAAUCUGCUCCAUUGCCUGAUGAAGUUCUACAUCGAGGCCGAGCACACCGGCACUCACACGCAGUUCUUCGACAAGUUCAACAUCCGAUACGAGAUCUUCCAGAUCAUCAAAUGCAUCUGGCCCAACACCCUGUAUCGGAGCAAGCUGUACAACCAGUCCAAGAAGAAUCUCGACUUCUUCGUUCGCUUUGUGAACUUGCUUUUGAACGAUGUGACGUUCGUGCUCGACGAGUCGUUCGGUGCGUUCAUUACCAUCCACAAAACCCAGACGGAGCUGCGCCUUGAAGGAGCGUCCAUGGAUCCUACCGCGCGUCAGCAAAAAGAGGAACAUCUGGCCUCUGCUCAGCGGAAUGCGAAGUCCUACAUGCAAUUAACCAACGAGACGGUUUCUAUGCUGAAGCUCUUCACCGACGCGCUGGCGGAGUCGUUCACGAUGCCUGAAAUCGUCCAGAGAUUGGCAGACAUGCUGGACUACAACCUCGACGCCAUGGUGGGCCCCAAGAGUUCCAGUUUGCGUGUGGAGAACCUCCAAGAUUAUGGAUUCAACCCGCGAGCAUUGCUAAGCGAGAUCGUUGACGUGUACCUGAACCUGAUGAGCAAAGAGAGUUUCAUUGUCGCCGUGGCUCGGGAUGGACGGUCUUACAAGCCGGCGAACUUCGAAAAGGCUGUGGAAAUCUUGCGCAAAUGGUCCCUCAAAUCCCCUGAGGAACUCAAACGGUGGGACAAACUGCUGGUUAUGGUCAAAGAGGCCAAAGCGGCCGACGACCAAGCAGAAGAGGAUCUUGGAGAAGUUCCUGAUGAAUUUUUGGAUCCUCUCAUGUAUACCCUCAUGGAAGACCCGGUCAUCCUCCCUGGAUCGCGAGUAUCCAUUGAUCGUUCGACCAUCCGGUCUCACUUAUUGAGUGAUCCCCAUGACCCUUUCAACAGAGUUCCGCUCAAGAUGGAGGAUGUCACGCCAGACACGGAACUUAAGACUAAAAUUGAGGCAUUCAAGUCGGAGAAGCUGGCCGAGCGGAGAAAGGCAAGGGCACAGGGCGCACCCGAGUCGAUGGACACAUCUACAGGCUAA